UUUAUAGCAGCUCCCGCCCCGCUGCGCGCCGCGCCGCUCUCAGCCUUCACCAUGCGUCCCCGGGUGCGGGGGCCGCUGUGGCCGCUGCCCUGGGGCGCCCUGGCCUGGGCCGUGGGCUUCGUAGGCGCUGUCGGCUCGGGGGACCCCGCGCCUGCUGGGGUGUGCUGGCUCCGGCAGGGCCCUGAGGCCACCUGCAGCCUGGUGCUGAGGACCGACGUGAGCCAGGAUGAGUGUUGCGCCUCCAGCAACAUAGACACUGCCUGGUCCAACUACACCCAGCCCGAAAACAAGAUCAACCUCCUGGGCCUCCUGGGCCUCAUCCACUGUCUGCCAUGCAAAGAUUCUUGCAACGGAGUGGAUUGCGGCCCCGGCAAGGCGUGCCGUAUGCUGGGGGGCCGCCCGCGCUGCGAGUGCGCGCCCGACUGCGCAGGGCUCCCGGAGCGCAAGGAAGUCUGCGGCUCGGACGGCGCCACCUACCGUGACGAGUGUGAGCUGCGCGCCGCGCGCUGCCGCGGACACCCGGACCUGCGCGUCAUGUACCGCGGCCACUGCCAAAAGUCCUGCGAGCACGUGGAGUGCCCGCCGCCGCAGUCUUGCCUCGUGGACCAGACCGGCAGCGCGCACUGCGUGGUUUGUCGCGCAGCGCCCUGCCCCGUGCCCUCCGGUCGGGGCCAGGAGCUCUGCGGCAACAACAACGUCACCUACAUCUCCUCGUGCCAUCUGCGCCAGGCCACCUGCUUCCUGGGCCGCUCAAUCGGCGUGCGCCACCCAGGCAGCUGCCGAGGAGCCCCCAGACAGGAGGCAGAGGAGGAGGAGCAGCAGCAGGAAGAGGCCGAGUCUGAGGAAGAGGAGGAGAACUUCGUGUGAGCUUCAGGGGGUCCGGUCUUGCCUCCCCCAGUUUAUUUAUUGCCACAUCUGCAGAGUAAUUUAUGUCCCACGGCGCCUCCCCAACCUGGCCUGGGACCACAUGGGGACCCCACAGUGCCCUGAUGAUGUCUUGGAAGGGUUGAAGGAAGGAGGCCUGGGGGUGUGUGGCACCCUGGAUACCGAGCCUUAGGGUAGCGAACUUCUUCCCAAACGCCCCAGGCCCUGCUGCCAGGGGCCAUACCCGCUUCUGGUCCUUUGGGUGUGCUUGUCACUUACUGAUGCCAUCCAGAGUGCAGGGAAGCUCUUUCAGUCCCACUGCCUGUGUGCCCCCUGCGUGUCCAGAGCAGGCUCCCAUUUGUGCCUCCUGACGAAGCCCCUGGCUUAGCCGCCACACAGCCAGCAUGCACGAGGUUCACCUGGAGAUAUCCUGUGGCCUAGGAUGCUGGGCGACCAGCAUCUGCCCCAGACUCACCACUGUCCAGUGGCACCAGUCUACUUGGGGUGGGACCUAGAGGGGACUGCGAACCCAGCUCACCUACAGGCCAGGGUGGGGUGCAGACACCAGCAGCCCAAGUGGUGCCCAUGCCCACUGCCAUGUGCAGCAUGGCCAGCUCUCACCAGCGACUCUUAGAUGCAGUUCCCAGGAGCUCCUUCUUGCCCACCAGUCCGGCUGGGCAGUGGCCACAGCCAGGCAGGUGCUGUUGGGGGCCAGACCCUGGAGCCUCCCUGCCUUCCACUCAAUUCUUAUCCAAAAUCACCAACUGUGCCUUCUUGGAGACCAAAGGCUCAGGGAUCAGAUAUGGGGCCACCCACCAGGAAGGGAGGCCGGCUCCCCAAGUCCCAGGUGAGCAGUUUGGGAACAUCUUGCCCAUCCUGCUGCGGCCCCUGGCCAUACCUUCUGGUGAUGUCCUGAAAAGUGUUGAGGGGGGCCCACGGAGCCCCUUGACAACUUCCUCUUUCCUGGGGUCCUGCCUCACCAAAAUAAUAAAGUCUGGAAAAGCCA